CAACAGUAGAGCCGGGGCGGACUGCCAAUUUGGAAACUCGGGCACUGCCCGAGGGCCCGGGGUCAGUAGGGGGCCCCAUGAGAUGCCCCUGGUACCUUUUUCAUAGGCUUUUUUGAGACUUUUUUGAGUUUGGGCAAGGACACAGGGGCCCCAUGAUCCCCUAUUGCCCGGGGGCCCCAUGAGUUGUCAGUCCGCCCCUGUACUGGUACAUUCGUUCCUUAACAGUAGGGCAGCAGACUGGUCAUACAUUAAGAGGGUGGCCAGUCCACACGUGGUUAAUAUGUUAACAUACUUGAUCUUUGUAUUAAUUUGCACCUUUCAA